CUCAAACCCGAAAGGAACCCUAAUCCUAGCCGCACGCGGGAGGCAGCUAAGAGAGCUUGAAGCACCAGCCAUGGCGGACCACGACCUCACGGCGCUGAUGGCGGCGCAGCUGGACCGGCACCUGGUCUUCCCGCUGCUGGAGUUCCUCCAGGAGCGGCAGCUCUACUCGAGGCCGGAGAUCCUGGAGGCCAAGAUCCGCCUCCUCAGCGGCACCAACAUGGUCGACUACGCCAUGGACAUCCACAAGUCCCUCCACGGCACCGAUGACGUUCCCGAGGACAUGGUCAAGCGCCGCUCCGAGGUCGUCUCCAGGCUCAGGUCGCUCGACGAGGCCGCAGCCCCGCUCGUCGCCUUCCUCCAGAACCCGCAGCUCGUGCAGGAGCUCAGGCCCGACAAACAGUACAACAUCCACAUGCUCCAGGAGAGAUACCAGAUUGGUCCUGACCAGAUUGAAGCUCUGUAUCAGUAUGCCAAAUUUCAGUUUGAGUGUGGUAACUACUCCUGGGCUGCUGAGUACCUGUACCAGUAUCGUGCUUUGUGCACAGAUACUGAGCGAAGUGUGAGUGCCCUCUGGGGAAAGCUAGCAGCAGAAAUCCUAAUGCAGAACUGGGAUGUGGCUUUGGAGGAAUUCAACCGCUUGAAGGAAAUAAUUGAUUCAAAGAACUUCUCAUCACCUCUGAAUCAGCUCCAGAACAGGAUAUGGCUGAUGCAUUGGGCUCUGUUCAUCUUCUUUAACCAUGAAAAUGGUAGAAAUGGGAUCAUUGAUCUGUUCUUCCAGGACAGGUACUUGAAUGCUAUACAGACAAAUGCUCACCAUCUUCUGAGAUACCUAGCUACUGCAGUUGUUGUUAACAAAAGGAGAAGGAAUAUGCUUAAAGAGUUGAUUAAGGUCAUUCAGCAGGAGCAGCAUAGCUACAAGGAUCCCAUAACUGAGUUUCUGCAAUGCUUAUAUGUCAACUAUGAUUUUGAUGGUGCUCAACAGAAACUCGUGGAGUGUGAGCAGGUUAUACUGAAUGAUCCUUUCCUGGGCAAGCGCGUUGAAGAGGGAAAUUUUGUCACUGUUCCUUUGAGAGCUGAGUUCCUUGAAAAUGCCCGACUGUUUAUUUUCGAGACAUACUGCCGUAUCCAUCGGUGCAUUGAUAUCAGCAUGCUUGCUCAGAGGCUGAACAUGAGCUACGAUGAGGCCGAGUUGUGGAUAAUGAACUUGGUUAGGAGCUCAAAACUGGAUGCAAGGAUCGAUUCAGUGUCAGGAACUCUUAUCAUGACAACCAAUCACAUCAAUGUGCAUGAGCAGAUUAUCGAGAGCAUGAAGGGCCUUAACAUGCGGACGUACAUGCUCGCAAAGAACAUCGUGGAGCCAGCUCAGCAGGCAGCUCGGUAAGGUUAGCGGAGUACAGUUUUGAGGCGCCAACAACUAGUUUAGAGGUAGAGGUCUAUUGUGUGGCAGUGAAUUCGUCACCGGGAUUGAACACAUGGGACUGGGAGGUGGCUUGCCGUUUGGUACAGCUUAGUAUGCUGACAUUUUCAAUAUUUUGUACUCGGAAUUUCGUAACAGUUUAUCCUUCUCAAUGUAUAUUACUAUUAAUGCCUGUUUGGAUCACAUUAAUUGAAACAAAUAUCUAGAAAUUGUUUCUCAUUUUAUUAUUAGGUUACUUUUCAACUCCUGAGAACCAAUCAGGGCAUUAAUGUAAUGAAUGAUGAUGCUAC